GUAACCCCCACCCCCCCCAUCCCUCACUUCCACUUGCUCCCUCAUUCCACAAAGGAGGAGGAAGAAGAAGAAGAAGAAAUUAAAUACCCAAAAAAAAAGGGAAAAAAUGUUUGGAAGGGAUCCAUGGGGAGGCCCAUUAGAAAUCUCCAAUGCCGACUCCGCCACCGACGACGACCGGAGCCGCAACCUCCAGGACCUCGACAGGGCCGCGCUCUCUCGACAGCUCGAUGAAACCCAACAAAGCUGGCUCUUGGCUGGGCCCGGCGACACUGGCAAGAAGAAGAAACGCUACGUCGAUCUCGGUUGUGUCGUGGUUAGCCGGAAGUUGUUCAUGUGGACGCUCGGAACUGUUCUCGGAGUCGGACUUCUUGUUGGGCUUAUAAUGCUGAUCAUAAAGACGGUGCCUCACCAUCAUAGGCCGCCUCCGCCGUUGGAUGAUUAUACGCAGGCUCUGAGAAAAGCUCUCAUGUUCUUCAACGCUCAGCGAUCCGGGCCAAUGGGAAAGCACAACACGAUAAGGUGGAGGGGGAACUCAGGAAUGAGAGACGGUCUCUCUGAUGACUCGGUGAAGAAGAACUUGGUCGGCGGUUACUAUGAUGCCGGCGACGCCAUCAAGUUCAACUUCCCGAUGUCAUUCUCGAUGACGCUUCUUAGCUGGAGCGUCAUCGAAUACAGGGAGAAGUACGAGGCGGCGGGAGAGCUGGGACACGUUAAGGAUAUCAUCAAGUGGGGUACAGAUUAUCUGCUCAAGACCUUCAAUUCCUCUGCCGAUACCAUCGACAGGAUUGCCGCUCAGGUUGGACAAGGAGACACUACGAAGGCCACGAACCCCAAUGAUCACUACUGCUGGAUGAGACCCGAAGAUAUUAACUAUCCUCGCCCUGUCUACGAAUGCCACAGCUGCUCAGACCUCGCAGCAGAGAUGACUGCUGCUCUUGCCUCCGCCUCCAUAGUUUUCAAGGACAGCAAGACUUACUCUGAGAAGCUCGUGCAUGGAGCAAAGACGCUAUUCAAGUUCGGCAGAGACCAAAGGGGCAGGUACAGCCCGGGAGGCUCUGACCCUUCACUAUUUUACAAUUCGACGAAUUACUAUGAUGAGUUUGUAUGGGGAGGCGCGUGGCUGUACUAUGCGACAGGGAAUUCAUCGUACCUUCAGCUGGUGACGAAUCCUGGCAUUGCUAAGCAUGCCGGUGCAUUCUGGGGUGGUUCUGAUUAUGGUGUUUUCAGCUGGGACAACAAGCUCAUUGGUGCUCAGGUUCUUCUCAGUAGGCUGAGAUUGUUCUUGAGCCCUGGGUAUCCUUAUGAAGAAAUAUUGAGGACUUUCCACAACCAAACAAGUCUUGUCAUGUGCUCAUUCUUACCGAUGUAUACAUCUUUCAACCGUACAAAGGGGGGCUUGAUACAAUUGAAUCAUGGAAGACCACAGCCCCUUCAGUAUGUGGCAAAUGCAGCAUUUCUAGCUUCACUAUUCAGCGAUUAUCUUGAUGAAGCGGAUACACCAGGAUGGUAUUGUGGACCAACUUUCUACUCGACUGAUGUCCUGCGUAAUUUUGCUAGGAAACAGAUAAAUUACAUUCUCGGUGAUAAUCCUGAGAAGAUGAGCUAUGUUGUGGGAUACGGUAAACGCUACCCCAAGCAUGUUCACCAUCGUGGAGCAUCAAUUCCUAAGAACGGAGUCAAGUAUAAUUGUAAAGGAGGGUGGAAGUGGAGAGAUACCAAAAGGCCAAACCCUAACAUCAUUGUAGGGGCAAUGGUUGCUGGACCUGACAAGCAUGAUAGGUUCCAUGAUGUUCGUACUAAUUAUAACUACACAGAGCCGACACUUGCAGGAAAUGCUGGUUUAGUCGCAGCAUUGAUUUCAUUAUCUGGUGUGAAGACUGGAAUCGAUAAGAACACCAUUUUCUCUGCAGUGCCUCCAAUGUUUCCAACACCCCCUCCUCCGCCAGCAGCUUGGAAACCUUGAGACCGUCUAAUUUGAUUCUUGUGUACUUUUGAAAGCAAUGAAGCAUGAAGGUGAUUUUUUGUUAAUUACAGAAUUUUCAAAAUAUAUAUGGAGAAAAAGGAGGAAAAGGUUGAGGGUGUAUAUGUAUCUGUGAGACAUUAUGCAACUGUUGCUCCUUUGAGCUUGAAUUUUCCAAUUUUUUCGUUUUGAUCUUGAUUAGCUAUUUCAUCAAAGAUCAGACUGUGUGUAAUGUAUAAUAUCAAUAGAAAUGUUCUUUCGAAUUAAA